UCGGAGGCUAACCAGCCAGUCGGCUUGUUUAGUGCAGCCUGUCAACAACACUGCAACCUGAGACGCGAUAGCCAGUGGGCUGGCUAAGUCGACCAGCUAAGUUAGCCGCUAGCCCCGUGUUACCCAAGUACCACGACUCGUAACUAUUCCCUCUUUGUUUGAAAGAUGUAUCAUGCUUUGAAGUUGGUUCGACGAGAGAAGCGGCGGAAUUGAGUUUUCCACUCGGUGGUGUUCCAGAAGAUGGCUGCUCAGGUGGAGGUUCAGACUGGCGAGGUGGGGAGGACCGCGGUCGGAGGGCGGCUUCACCUUAGUCCUUUGACCGACUCCAGCAAUAAGGGCCUCAAUGAGAUCUCCUCCAUCAACCAGUCCCAUAUUAUCAGCCCAGAACCAAACAAACCUGCCCCAGUCGCCAAGCCACGGCUCACUCCUAAACCCUUCGCCGUGGAGAGAAACCCCACGAUUAAGCCCAUACUCGCACCCAAGCCCCAGGCCAAGCCCCAGGCCAAGCCCCAGGCCAAGCCCCAGGCCAAGCCCCAGGCCAAGCCCCAGGCCAAGCCCCGGCCAGAGUCCACUCGCCUCGCUGGAUACAAACCAGAGCCCCCGUGCAGUCCGAAACCUCAGCAACCGGUUGCCUCUGGCAAACCCAGGCCACUGUUGACUAACCCCAGCCGGCCUUCCCCUACCUCAUUUAAAACAACCAAUAAGUUGAACACUGGACAAACAACCAAGCCAAUCGCUCAGCCAUUCAAACCCGCCCCUCCCCUCGACCUUGGAGACCCCAGCAAACCCGUUGUUUUAACAGAAGAAAGGCAGAAACCUCGUUCUUCGAACCUGGUGUACUCAAAGAGUCUUAAACAACUUUCAGCAUCAGAGUGGUCUGGAUCCACCAAAAAUCAAGAUGAGAAGGAACCGAGGACGUCAAGCAAAAGCGGAGGCUCCAUUACCAGAGCCAAGUCCAUGGGUUUUCUUGCUCAGGUGGGGAAGGAAGAAGAAGAAAAGGAAAAAGAAAAUCCAGAGGCAGCAGUGGUACUGCGAACAAAGCCAAGGGCGUCCAGGCCCAGACCCGUGUCCGCCAUUUUCCCCGACAGUCCGACCGUGGCACCAGCUCCUUCCCUUCGCUGGGCGAGACGACCACUUUCGGCGGAUCUCACCGCCAGGUUUGAGUCGAUCGGUCUGUCUCUGCACCGUAAAACUCCCCAAGCAAACGCUAAUGAGAACACGCCAGAGGAAAAAGAAGCGGCACAAAAGAGGGAGCCGGAGAAAACGCCACAACAAAGUACUGAUGGUAUAGAAAAGAAUCCGAAAGAGGCUGAAGAGGAUAAGCGUGCAGUCAGCAUCAAGUCCCGCAUCAGUCUCCUCCUCGAUUCAUCCUCCUCUCCUGGGACGGGCGUCCCGGGCCAAGGGUCAGAUCUUCACUCUCCAGUGCAGCCGGUCCCUGAUACCGAACCACCAGUGGGUGUUCAGCAGAUCAUCAGGCAGCUGACCGAGGACCCCUCACCAGUCCAGAGUCCUGUAGCCAGACCUGCGCCGCGGCCACGCCCCCUCGACCUGGCGAAAAGGUUUUCAUUCGAGCGGUCGCCAGAUCUGGGCAAUGUUUUCUUCAGUGAGGCGACAGACCGCGAUGAGAUCAGCAAAGAUCCUCAGAGGAGGAUCGAAGAGGCAGCAAUCGCCCCCAGUGACCAGAGGACCUUUGUGGAUCUAAGUGACUCCCAAGAGCUGCUGAAAAAGGCCUCCGCGCCCGAAGGGCCUAAGGCCGGAAAGGGGUCGGGCGCCACUUUGAAGGAAAGUGCUCCCGGGAGCGACGCACACACAGUGAAAGCAUCCUUGUUUGAAAAUGUUGUGGAGAGGCACUCUGUGCUGCUGGUGGAGGACAGCAAGCCCGUGAACCAGGCUAGUGAGUCGCUGAGAAGAACGCCCUUUAAGAGCGAACGCGGUAAGGACGACGGAACGAUUGUCACUGCCGCCCAGCAAGAGCCUCUAUCUCCAUCAAGUCCUCUGAGGGUCACACACGCCUUUGACACCGUGCAGGCUGUGGAAGAGAGCAGGGCAGUGAGCGAGGACAUCCCAUCAGCCCAGCGGGAGGUUAAGGCCAUGACGCUGCGCUCCAGGCGCUCCGAGGGGGCCGGAUCAGCACUUGGCGAACCAGCCUCGGCUCCGAUGCCGGAACAGCAGCCUCGAGUUCUGAGAGUUGGCGCUUUGCAAAAGUGGACCUCCGAAGGUCCCGAUACGAGUGUGGACAAAGGGGCGCUCAAGGAAUGGCAAAGGGAAGGACAAGGGGCUUUGAACGAAGACCGGGCAAGGCAGCCGGAAGCUGAACAGGAAGAAGUGGCGGCGGCUCCUAAACGCUUGAAAAUGCUGCAGUCAGAAGAGCAGCCGAAACCCAGGGCCACCUACUUUGCUCUGACCGGACAAAUGCAGGAGCCGGCUUCUCCUGUUGACGGAGGACCAAGCCUCCUGGACUUUGACGAUUUCUCCGUGAGGUCCGCACUAGGAGGCUCUCCAGGGAAGCUUCUUACAACAAGGAGGAAUCCAUCAUUAGAUAAAGCGUUUGAAAAAAACUCCCAAGAUCAGGUUGAGGACUUGAUGAUGAGGGACCACAUUUCCCAAAGAGGGAUAAGAUCCACUUUGGACGGACCGGCAGCAGAGGAAAUCAUGCAGGAGGAAAAGCGACGACAACUACAGAAAGAGACGGAACGGCACAUGGCAAAAAUGAACGAGCUUUUUCUGAGGGAAAAACAGAGGCUGCUGGAAGCGGACCAGGAAUCACGUUUGGAGUUUGCACAAAUGAAGGAGAGGGAAAUGCAAAGAGAAUUUGAAAGGCAAAGACAGAAAGCUUUUGAGAAGGAGAAACGGGAGUUCGAGGAGCAACAACGUGCACUGGAAAGGCAGAAACAGUUGGAGCUUGAACAGUGGCAGAAACUGCAGGAGCUGGAGAGACUGAGGGAGAUCGAAAAGGAGCGGCAGCUACAACAUGAGAAAGAAAAACGACAGAAAAUGGAGAGACAGAGAAUGAUGGAGAGGGAGAAACUGCAAGAGCAGGAAAGGGAGAGACAGCGGGAACAGGAGAGGCAAAGACAAAGGGAGGAAGAGAGGCAAAGUGAGCUGGACAAGGAAAAACAGUUGCUGGAAGUGCAAAGGGAGAACCAGAGGAGAAUUAAAGAGCAGGAAAGACUACAACUAUUAGAGUUUGAAAAGCAGAUGCAGAAGGAAAAGGAGACACAGCAGCUCAUGGCGCUCGAGACGCAGAGAAUAAGAGAGAAGACGGAGAGGGAGGCCGAGAAAAUGAAACAGAUGGCAUUAGAACAGGAGCUUUUAAGAAUGAAAGAGCUUGUUAAAGAAAGGGAAAGACAAAAGGAGAUGGAAAAGGAGCAUCGGCGAGAGGUCGAGAGAGAAAAGCAGAGAGAGCUGGAGAGACAGAGACAGAGAGAUUUAGAAAGGGAGAGACAGAGACAACUCGAUAAUGAGAGACGGGAAUUAGAAAACCAGAGGCUGAGGCAACGGGAAGUGGAGAAGGAAAGGCAGAGGAAAGUGGAAUUGGAGCAAAUCAAAGAGAUGGAGAGAAGACGGCUCUUGGAGUUGGAAAAGCAAAAGCAAGCCGAGAGGGACCGACAGCACAUUUUGGAGGCGGAGAAGCGCAGAUUGAGGGAGAGUGCGGAAAGGGAGGAGGCAGAUAAAAUGAGGCACGUAGCCAAGCAGCAGGAAGGGGAGAGGCAGCGGCUAAAAGAGAGGCAGGAGAGGGCGAGGAUGGAGUCGUCGCCUCUCAGGCCUCAAGUGUUGGAUCUGGACUCCGUGCGCCGAAACGAGUCGUUCUCCAAGGCCCCCUCUCAGCGCAGCGACCCCGCGACUCGUUGGAAGGAGCCGUCUGCGCGAGGGGAAGCGCCUUACCGACCCGCCAUCCUCGAAAUAGACUCCUUCACGUCUCAAGUUCAGCCCUCUCCCAGCAAAGACCCGUUUGCCGUUUCUGGUAUUCAGGGAGUGGACGCGGCGUUCGGAGCUAGAUCACACCCGCCUACGCCGGACGUAGAUGUCAGCUGGAGGCUGCCGCAACUGACCCCGGGCAUCACGAGCCCAGUGUGGACGACGUCUCUCCAGGACCCGUGGGAGCUCCGGCCCGUUGAGAUGUCCGCGGACAAACCUGUGGCGCUGACCAGAAGAAGUAGCACCAAGAUCAGCCCCGAGCAGCUCCUCCUCAGGCAGGGGGAGCGGCUCCUGGCUCCACAGAGGCCCUCCAGCAGCGCUCCCGAGCAGCAGAUAUGGCAGCCGCCGCCGCAGCAGCAGCCGCAGCAGCAGCAGCAGCCGCAGCACCAACCGCAGCCUCAGCAGGCUCCGGACAGCAGGGGAGAGGUGCUCGCCCAGAGGAGAUCACAGGGUUCUCAGGAGUUAAACAGGAUGCGGUCUCGCAGUGUUUCCCGGCGAUCGGCACCUUCGAGCGGUGUUUUGGAAAGAAGCCUUUCCAGGAUGAGGAGUCGCAGCGCCCACCGCGAACAGGACGGCACCAGCUGGGUGCAGCAGAAGCAGAGCGACAGUGGUGAAGAGGAGGGAAAGGACUCGGGAACUCCGGUCCGCGACACCGACAGUCAGUACGGGACCUGGGAGACCGGACUGCGCACCGAGGACAGCCUCACUCCUGCCACUCCCAGCUCGGAUAGCAAUCCCAGCCCUUCGUCGGGGAAGCCGACUCCCACUCGCACGUCAGGUGAUCACGCCUCGCCGUUUGAGACUGACGCUCUGGACAGCCUCCUACCCUCUCCCUCACCUGGGAGCCAGCCCCUCUCUUUCCCCGAUACCCCGACCAUUCUCUUAGACACCAGCGCUCUUCGCUCCAGAGCCCACCUGGGGAAGAAACGAGCGCCGCGGACGCGGCCCUCCAGAGCUGCCCGUCAGACGGAGGGAGAGGGAGGAGCCACUGACGACUGGCUUUACACGGACUCAACAGAGGCAAAAGCUGAGACUAAGGACGAUGACUCUGACUCUGGGGAGCCGACCAAAGGAGUAGACGCCAGCGCUGCGGUUUCCUCUCAGCCACAGAGGAUCGCCCUGUUCCCCGGGAUGGACCCGUCAGCCUUAAAGGCCCAGCUGAGGAAGAGGGGCGACUCUGACAAUCAAAUCGAUGGCGCGGCUCCCUCUUCCUCACAGCUUUCUCGCUCUCCCAAGUCCCCCUUUCUUCCCAGGGCAGCGCGUGUACUGCCCCCUGCUGGUGGGAAAGAGAAUGGCGAGGAGGACUCCCCCCAGUGGUUGAAAGAGCUUAAGUCCAAGAAGCGCCUGAGUCAGUAUGACAAUGACAGCUAAGUACAUAAUGGGGUUGCCUUAACAGAUGAAUCUAUAUGAAACUGAAGCCUUAAUGUUCGACACGGAGAGGAGAGGUGAAUCUACAGCUGCUGUUGUAUUUUUUUUCUAUUCAUUUUUUGUUCUUUUCCCAUCUGGGUUGAUAAAUGUGCAUGGUGCCUUUUUUAUGGAGAGUCUGCUGGUGGAAAAAUAAAACAACGAGCAAGCAAGCAAAGAAGGAAGGGGAAAAAAAACAUUGGGCCACUUUGCUUUAUCCAUUUCAUGAUGCUUGAACCUGUUGAAGCACGUCUGCACCCGGAGGCACUUCACACAAACACUUUAAUAGGGACCAGGAGAAAUUGGGCGGGAAAGGCGAUUAUUGGCUGUUAUUUCCAGUCCAGCCAAAUUUCAGGAACUAGUAAGUGUGUGGGAGCACGACGUCUCUUCAUCCUAGACGACCUACAUCACAUGCUGAAGGACAAUCCAGCGGAUCAUUUCCACGGUGUUUGUAUCUAGUCUCCUUUCUCGUCUAAUACGUGCACACUGGCUGUGUCUGCGUUGGGUAUUUGUGUGUUAUCCGUGCCGGUUGUCGAUGGUGGUCACACAAAGCAUUGCCACAGGACAACAUUUCAGACACUAAUGAUCUUCCUUCUUGAACAAAUCACUGCUGGUUGCUCGUAGAGAGUGUAUCAUGUUAGUAACUGUAAUCAGGAGAUGUUAUAUUUGUAUUAUCAUUGAUCUGACAGAGAGAUAUUUUUUAAAACAUUUGGAUGCAUCACUACAAUGGAUUGGUGACACUCCACAACGCUAAACGUGUCACAGUUUCUGCAUUCUGUAGCUUGUGUUUUUUUUGUAAGUAUCUAAGAAGACGUACAGGGGACUUUGUAUCGGUCAAUGCCUACUCCUUAUCAGCACAAAGACACUAUUCAAUCGUUUAAAUAUACAGUACCAGUCAAAGGUUUUCUCAUUCAAUGAGAAAAUGUGUCCCAAGGUUUGACUGUAACUGCAUUAGACCACACUAAUCAGCCUGUGUUCCCUCCUUAGCAGCUUAAAUGAUUGUAGCUGUAGGCAUUCAUCACAAGCCAUACUUUCAAAUUGUGGCCCUGACACACUCCUCAAUCAUGUUUGAAACGUGUGUGUGUGUGUAUAUAUAUAUUUUCUCCAACAAAUGUGCAAUUUCCCAUGAUUUUGUCCCCAUCAAUGUGUGCAUGCACAAUCUUUGCUGUCGAACCAGGCGUUGCUCAAACUCACUGGCUCAGAGCGUCGGGGCGUUCGCUUACACUACUCCAAUGUUCACUACAUUGUUUAGAUUACUACCUUCCACGAUACUCCCAAAAAACAUUGACAUUUGCGCCUGCUUUUCAUCUUAUUCCUCGUGGUUGUCCAUCCAGCCACACUGCACUUUGUCACUUGAUGCCCUGCAGAUCUGACCUACGCCUCCUCUUUUUGGCCCUGUGUUGUCGUCUGUAGUGUCGUGCAAUGCAAGUGAAUACGUUAAUCGAGUCCUCAGAGUAAGUGUCCCUGGUUUCUCUGUAAAUGAAGUUUUACUCUGUCAUGAAUUUGAGGUUUAUUUUUUCAUGUCUUUGUUUGUCCCUUUUUUUUUUUACUUUUUAUUUGAAAGUAAAAAUGUAUAUAGCACUGUGUUGUACUGGCCAGUGUUCUAAAGUGAAUACAUUCUUAAUAAAAUGUACUCUACUUGA